AUGCUUCAUUUGGAUCCUACCCUUUUUGAAGAUGUUCCGCCCUCUUCUAAUGCUUCAACAGAAUACGAGACAGUGGAUGAUGAAGUUCAGAUUGACUUGGGAAAUUAUAUUUCGAACUACCAGGGAUACAUAUACUACCAGCGCCUCUUUUUUAUUGCUCAGCGGUGCCCUUCUUUGCGUGUUGUAGCACUGCGCCUUGCACAUGAUUACAUCAAAAAGUCUACAUUGGACACCUCCGCAUACAACAAAAUAUUUUUAAUGUUAGCCGAGCAGACAAACUUUUCUGUAGCUGACUCAUCAGCAUCCGGUGAGACUUCUAGGCAACAACAGCAGUCGGCUUUCUCGAUGCGCCUUAUCACAAACAAUCACCUUCCAGAUGGCUUGUCUUUAUCUAGCCCAAGUGAAUUAGGAGUGCUGGGUUCCUCUCUUACGGAAGCUUCCAGAAAUAUUUUAACUGAGGUCAUGUCCGGAAAAAACGAAGCCAAUUUGGUUUACGACGCGAAAUGGGAAGAGUCUACAAGGCGAAAAGGUGUUAUGCUUUUGGAACAGUUAGAUACAGAAUUAAAAAAUCACAAGGCAAAUUCAAUUAAAGAAAGCAUACGUCGUGGUUCUGAUGAUCUUGGUGAUUUGUAUUUACAGUUAGGACAAUUGAGCAAUGCGAAUAAAUGUUUUGCUCGUUCCCGAGAUUAUUGUACAUCUCAACAACAAGAACUGACUAUGUGUUUAAAUGUUAUUAAGGUGGCUAUAUUUCAACGUGCUUGGUCUCAUGUUAGUGCACAUGUUACUCGAGCCAGCAGUUUAUCUGAACUACGUGAUACUGCCCCAUUAUUAGGUGCAAAUGCAGCCGAAUUAAAUGCUCAACAACGAAGCCGUACUGAAGCCCUAGCUCGUUUGGGUACAACACGUACAACAACUGCCGGCACAUCCGGUGAAUCUUCCACACGUGGCUCUUCUAGUUUAAUAGACCCUUCAAGCCGCAUUUCAUCUCGACACCCUGGUGAUAGUAUUGGAGGUCAUAUUCCUACAUCAGCUAUUGCUGCUGGACUAGUUGAAUUAGCUUCUCGUAACUACAGAGGUGCUGCAAUGAAUUUCCUUCAAGUUAAUCAUGAUCAUUGUGAAUCACCUACUAGUCGGAUUGUAACUAUAUCAGAUUUAGCAUUUUUCAUUACAUUAUGCAGUUUGGCUACAUUUGAACGUACUGAAUUAGCAACAUUAGUUCUUGGAAUGCAUCGUUGA